AUGGGGGCUAAAACCAUGAAUAUGAUCCUUGCUAUAGCAGUUGCAGUGUUCAUGCUACAAGGAACAGACGCUGCAGAAUACACAGUAGGAGACAACCUUGGUUGGACCAUUCCACCGGGUGGCGCCGCCACGUAUGCUGCAUGGGCUGCCGCGCAUAGCUUGGUAGUAAACGACAUUCUAGCCUUUAACUUUGCAGUAGGAGAACAAGACUUGGCUUUGGUGACCAAGGAGGAUUUUGAUGCGUGCAACACCGCGGAACCCUUAGUUGUGUUCAAAGAACCAGGAGAAUUUCAAUUUCUAAAAGAGGGCACGUUCUAUUUGACCUGCACCUUCGCCGGCCAUUGCACCAAAGGCCAAAAGAUUGCCCUUUACUUCGCUCCCACUGCAUCUCCAAGUCCAGCUCCAAGUCCAAGUCAAAGUCAGAGCGCUGAUGAUGCUGAUGAACAAUAUGCUGCCGCAGUCAAAUUUGUUGCCAAGAAAGAAUAUGGCUUCAAGAAAAUAAUACCUGCAACGAUCAAAUCUCUCUAG